CACAGCAGUAGUAAAAAAAAGAAAAGGACUUUAAGUUAAGGGACUUAAAAUGGUGGGUCCAUUCGUGCAAGGAAUGCUACUGAUUGGCAUCAUCUAUUGGUACUCCAAGGGCAUGAUGUCCAUGAUCAACGACUAUUAUCGCAGCGAAUUUAAUCGCAAGUUGCAAACGGAAACUGGGCCCAAGCCAAAGGCCGAGGCCCCCAUCAAUGUUGACAAUUUUAUGGAUUACGUGAGGGAGUUGGACUCGCCGGAGGAAGCGAAAAGAGAUCCAAAUAGUGGGGGUCUCAAUACUCCCAUAAAACAGGCUUACAGCCACACGUUAUUGAGGUUUUUGGAAAUCACUGGAACUCUGCCCGCUUUUGAUGUUUGCCUAAACACUAGCUCCAUAAGGUAGCCACCGGACUAUUAGUAAUAUUAUAUGUAUUUUCUAUGAAUUUGUUAAAUAUGUAGAGUAUCUAUUAAAUACAUUGCAUACUUUUUGGCCGAGUUCCAAGUACACUGUUCGGAAUAAGUAUAAAAUAAAAGUUAAUAUCGCAUUAAGAACACAUUUAAUUGGGCUCCAAAUUGGAUUUUUUAUUCAAACUUUAGCACAAUACAAACUCGUAUAUUUCCGACUUUCGCCCACUUACUAACCUAUCCACAAAACUGUAUAAACAU